AUGGGUCUUUCUCAUUACCCGACAGCGUCUGAGGGAGUAGUGCCAAUGUUGGUUAUGAACACGGUUGUUUCAGUGUCUUUGUUGAAGAGCAUUGUAAGAUCUGUUCUUCAUGUGGUUAGCUCUGAGACCGAUGAUGCGAGGACCAUAGAGGAAGACUCUGAUCAUGAGGAUUCGGAGAGAAGAAGGAGAAUCUCGAUAACACACUUUGAAUCUUUGUCUGCGAAGAACGGAGGAAGCAGGAAGGAAAGAGAGGGUAUGGAGUGUUGUGUGUGUCUGUGUGGGUUUAAAGAGGAAGAGGAAGUGAGUGAGUUAGUGUCUUGCAAGCAUUUCUUUCACACGGCUUGUCUGGAUAAAUGGUUUGGUAAUAAUCAUACCACAUGUCCUCUCUGUAGAUCCAUCUUUUAG